UCGUCGAUGCAACAGUAUACACGUGCAACCGCCCGUAGGACUGGUCGCAGCGGGAAAGAGCCUCAGGUUCCCCUCAAUGACGACAUGACCCGGGCGAGUGGUCAAUGAUGGCUGGCGAUCAUCCACCAAACUUUUCCAAGCGCAAAACUCCUUUCCUACCUGUAUGCACUUCCUGUAUCAGUCGACUACCAAAAUUCAGUAAAUCGGUCAUUACGAGAAUUGUACAAAUCCGUACAGCAGCACACCAUGGAUCCAUCAAACCCUUCUCAACCUCCCAAAUCUGCAGCUUACGUAAUCGAAGGCAAUGCAGUUACCUCCACAAAUACAGAGCACGAAGCAGCACAACACCACUCGCACGGCAAUGCUGUUGAUGAGCGCGUGCCGCCUAAGCAGUCGUCUAGUCCCGAGGAUGCAACGGCGAGUAGUCUCGCGCGGGGGAUCCACGGCGCCCCGCCCGGCGAGGAGCAGCACGGCCGAACCGAGGCACAGAGUAUGACUCGUGAGUUGGACGGCGAGCAGAUGCGCGCACCGGGCGAGGGCGAUGUUGCCGGCGCGGUGGAGCGGAAAUCGGGCGCUAGUGGGUCGCAGCCAGACUUGGCGGGCGGUCUUGAGAGAAAGCCGAACAGGCGGAGAAGAGGGAGGCUGUCAAGGAUGCCAGGGAGCAUGGUCUAGUGUUGGAUGGCGGUGAUCCGAGGGCUGGCGUUAACACAUGAAAGUGGCUCAAAAGUCAUUCACCGUCAUCUAAUCGUGUUGGAGUAAUGAGAAAAUGAUGCGCCAGUCAA